AUGGAGAAUACCACCCCCAUUGCAGUACCCCCUGGUGCUAUGUUUGUUCCAUCCAUGGCAAUGACUGUUGAUCCUACAGUGGCUCCUACAGUCGAGACUACACUGCCUAAUCCCUGUCGUGACAUUGUCCUCUACCAGUCGGAGGUUGGUGGUUCUGCUCAUCACCCAAGUCUUGAGUCGACUCCGUCUCCGCCCUCACCCCCGGUCAGUCAGAAACCUCGUACGUUUCUAGGACUUCCUCGUCCUCCAUCUAAGGUUUCUAUUCCUACCCCAACCAGUGAACGUGUUCAACCCAAACGAAAGUCCUCAUGUGAUACCACGUAUCAACCACCUGAAAAGAAAUCCAAGACAAAACCCAUUCCAGUUGCCUCUACAGAUUCAUCUCCUAAACAUUCGUCUAGAGGUUCUAAAAAAUCCAAACUUCCCAAAGCACCUAUAUCGACUGUCGACCUAGCAUCUGUACAAUGCUUUGUUGAUGCCUCUAAAGCCUCUGUUUAUCAACGGUGGUUUGGUAAUCGUGAGCUUUGGUUCGAACAAGCGGUUAUCUUAGAUGAUUUUCCUAAACUGCAUGAGUUUUUAAAACUCAGGAAAUGGGUAAACACGGUCACUAACUUGUCUGCUCCUCAUCCCAUCUUAGUUCGAGAAUUCUAUGCCAACCUAGAUAGGACUGUUAUUGCUGAGGGUCAUCCAGGGUGUGUGAGUGCCUUUGUUAGGGGUCAUAGAGUUCCAUUUGGUCCAUCCACUAUUGCAUGCUUGUUGAAAGUUGAGUCCAUCAGAAAACCAACAUAUGGGAAACAAUUCAAUCCAGAUCAAACUUUGAUGGGUAGAGUGCUAACUGGUAGGGAUGACUAUAUUUGGGAGAAACAGGAAAUCUUGGUCACUCAUCUGACUCCAUUCUAUAGGGUUCUUCAUCGGGUAGCUUUGUACAAUUGGUUCCCUAAUUCUCAUUUGUCAUCUGUUACACUUGAGAUUGGCAAGUUCUUGUAUGUUGUAGGAACUCAUCUGUCCAUUGAUCUGCCAUCGCUCAUAUUUGAAAGGAUACUUGAAGCCUAA